CCUUCUUUUAAAUGGGGCUUUCAGAAGAUAUGUAAACAAUGUUAUCCAAACUGAUGUUUGCUUUUUGGGUUUAUUAUAAAAAAACAAAAAGAUCCAAAACUGAAAAAAAGUGAGCGUUUUCUCUUUUGAAACAGAGGGGCAACGUUUUCUAUUCAUUUUGUCUGGAAGGAGAGGAGAAGGGAGACAUGCACAAAAUUCAAGCUUAGUAAGAUAGAACACUGCUCACUAGUGUUGUUUCUCUUCCAUUUUAUCAAAAUCCUAAAGGUCACUAGUGUAUGUGCUGACUAACAAAUAGCGGCAGAGAUUUUCUUUCAACAUUUUCAAAGCUCCUUUCGAGCUUACUCUUAAGUCAAGAUAUUUUGGAACAGUAGUCUACAACAAUGCAAAACAAAAGGGAUUCUGUUGUCAGUUCUCAUUCGACAUGCACCUAUGUUGUUGGCGGCUCAUCUUGGGAGAACUCAACCGGAUCUCAUAUCCAGCAAUCAAACAUGUCUGAAAGUUUGAGCCCGAAGAUGGGAGUUCUGCCUCAGUACUUAAAUAACGCCAAGCAGCUGAGUUUUCAGUUCCAAGACCAGGAUUCAUCGUCAACUCAAUCAACUUGUCAAUCUUAUCUUGAAGUAGCUAGUGCUGGUGAUAGCACUCUUCAUGAGCAAAGUUUAAUUUCAGCAUCAUCAGGUGGUAAUGAAGUGCACGGGGAGCUUGUUGGAGGUCAUGCUAAGUUAGUCUCCUCAAUGGUAACUCAGUCAUAUGGGCCCGAUCCUUCACAAGUUGAAUUUAACAAAUCAAUCGCUCAGAUUCCCCACCCUUAUGCUGAUCCGUAUUUGAGCGGAGUGGUAGCUUCUCCGUAUGCACAGCAAACUAUGAUUCAACCUCAUACGAUGGCUAUGCUCCCUACUCGUGUUCCAUUGCCUCUAGAGCUUACACAAGAUGAACCAGUCUAUGUUAAUGCAAAGCAAUAUCAGGCUAUUCUGAGGCGAAGACAGUUUCGUGCGAAACUCGAGGCUCAGAAAAAACUCAUCAAAGUUCGGAAGCCGUAUCUGCAUGAGUCUCGACAUCUUCAUGCUUUAAAACGAGCUAGAGGAAGCGGUGGGCGUUUUCUCAACACAAAGAAGCUCCAGGAAUCGAACAGUAUGCCUACAAGAAAUGGACAAGACAUGCACAUCUCCAACUCCGGAGUUCAUCAGCUGGAAAACUACAAAGAUGCUGCUUUGACCACCUCUUGUUCCAAUGUCAUGACUGCCUCCAACAAUGGUGAAAUGUUCCAGCAUCCGGAUUUCAGGUUCUCCGGCUAUCCUUCUCACAGUGCUGGACCCAUACCCGGUCAUGCCGGUGAUAUGCAAGGUGGUGGGAAUUUCCAUCAUCGUCUCUGAAGAUAGAAGAGUUAACUGAUUCUCAUCAGAGCAGUCUUGCAUUUGGUGCCUCAGUGCAGAAAUAAAAGUGGCGGCUUUACCCCCUUGGGAAGUCAUCCUUGGCUCUAUUUACUUUGCUCUUCUAGUUUACUGUUUAAACCAUGGACGUGGAUCGGUUGUCUUGCUGAUAAACUCAUAACUUGCUGUGUUGUUUUCCGUUUAUGUUCCGAAGAAACUUGGUGAAUUGGUGACUGGUGUUGUCAUUUAAAACAUAAGAUAAAAGAUGCAUGGCUUGACAAUUAGAUCAUGCCUUUUCAA